AUGGAUCCAGCUGGAAAAGCCUUUAUCUACGACAAUGUUGAGCAAGACGACGCUCCCGAUAACCCUCCUGAUGCCGACGGAGAUGUCUUUGAGGAUGAGAUUGUCUUCAACAUUGAGGACGAAGAAGCAGACAAUGGAAAUGAGGGGUUAAUGUUUGAAGAAGGUGCAGAAGCAGGUUCGCCGACGUCACCUCCUGUCAGUGGUUCAAAUAGAAAAGUUAUUUGCAGUUGUUUAGUAUUGGCAAUCGCAGUUCUUACAACCCUGGCAAUCAUCUUGACUGUGGACGUCGAAGAAGUCGCAGAGAGGAACAGUGCCAUGGAAGGAGACUAUUCGAAAAAGGACCAAUUGAUCGACGUUUUGAUGAUGCGAGGAAUAGCAGUGGAGAAAGUUCUUCGCUCCUUUAGCGAUGCACAAGGACAAGCAGUAGGUUUCCUAGCGGAAGAAGACUGGGACGGAGAGAUGUCAUGGCUGUACGGGGAUUUUGAAGGAAAUCUACCGUUGAUCAUUGAACGUUACGUAUUGGCUGUCAUUUAUUUCGAAUGCGAGGGCAUCGAUUGGUUCCAUGCCUACGAGUUUCUUACGGCUCAAGACCACUGCGAUUGGAAUACUGUUUUCGAAAUCGACGGCGAGGCGACGAUUGAAGGUGUGACCAGUUGCAAUGGCGAUGGAUUAGUCGAACGCCUAUAUUUUCCCAUUAACAAUUUGCGCUGUCAAGAUGGGCUCCCUGACGAAAUUCGAUAUCUUUCGAAUCUUGAGGCACUGGUUGCUCGAGGCAACACAAUUGAAGGUGAAUUCCCUUUUUUCGUUCGAGAGCUUACGAAUCUGUCCGUUCUUUCGUUUGGGUACAACGAAAUGGAAGGAACCUUGCCUGUAUGGCUCGGGGAAAUGACUUUGUUGUCGGUCCUUCAUCUCUCUGAUAACACGUUUGUUGGUGAAAUGCCUCCAUCGUUGAACCAGCUAACCAAUCUGAAAUACCUUGGCAUGGACGACAACUUUUUCACUGGCAAUUUGAAUGAUUAUUUGCCGAGCUUGGUCAAUCUAGAAUGGCUCUACAUGGAAGAUAAUCAAUUCACUGGACCACUCGACUGGCUGAACAGCCUUGAUUCCCUUUCCUACCUGGAUGUGUCCAAGAACAAGUUGACUGGCGACCUUCCGUCCAAUCUCUUUGACCAUCCAAAUCUUUCGAUCAUGGAUCUCCAUGGCAAUGAGUUUACUGGAAAACUGCCGACUGUCACCAAGCAGAAUGGUGAACUUCAAUUGUUCAGCGUUCAUUCCAACGAUUUGACAGGUACCAUUCCCAUUGAGUUGCAAUCUAUCGUGAACAUUACCAUGUUGGACCUUUCGUUCAAUUCCUUUACUGGAACGAUACCAGCUCUAUCAGAAACGACCAGGCUCCGCUUUCUAAUGACCUCUGGUAACAGCUUCAAUCAGCAGGAAAUGCCGUUCAUUGCAGGCCUGACAAGUCUCGUGGAACUUUCCAUGAAGGGAAACAACAUUGUGGGCAAUAUUCCUCAAUGGGUUGGAGAUUUGACGAAUAUGAAGUGGCUCGAUUUGGACGCGAACGAGUUGAUUGGAACUAUUCCCUCGGAGAUUGCCAAGUUGUCAGGCCUCUAUGCCCUUUUGUUGAACCGCAACGAUUUGGACGGGACUCUUCCCACGGAAAUUUCACAACUUCAAGGCUUGGAAGUCUUCUUGAUUGAUGGGAAUGACAUUACUGGAGAAACCUCUGCAAUUUGCAACAAGGCCGACAAGAUUGAUUUUUUCAUUAGCGACUGCGGCAGUGCCGAAGGACAGCAACCACAAUUGGAUUGUCCUUGUUGUACCGUUUGCUGUAUCACCGGGGAUACAGAAUGCAGCGAUCUUGCAUGGACGAGCAUGCACGAUCCAGUUGUCGAGAAUGAAUUCAGUCGCGGAUACUCCUUCAACUAUAGCGAUGCAUCUGCACAGUUCACAAAGCUUAACGAUGUCAACCCGUAA